AUGCUGCUAGUGUUUGUCGUUGGAACAAAUGUUUAGUGAAUUAUUUUUUCGGACGUAACAUAUUAAUUGGUUGGUUACGACGGUUAUGCGCGGGAUUUGGUUCAAAAACUACCAGCAAAGCUCUUUUUUUAAAUUUCAGUGAAUUUGUCCUUUCUAAUUUCGAAAGUCUUAAAUUCAGGGUGCUCAGG